CUGUCUUUGUUGGGAGGUCGCUUAUUGACAGGGGGAGAAGGUGACUCCUCGAAGAGCAGGGCGAAAAAGCUCAUAGAAAUCUUGAUAUAUAACCCAAAAGAAGAUUGUUGUUUUCUAAGUAAGCAGCCAUGUCUUCUUUUGGAAGGGCGUUGGGAGUCCUUCGCGCAGGAAGUCGGUUCGUCAGACGCGGCCCACAAAGGAUAACAACCAGAAAGGCUGGCGGUGGACCGCACAUUGAGCCACAGUACAGGCAAUAUCCUCAGAUAACGAAGAAACAGAAGUUUGAGUCAGAACUCAUUAGCGGCGCGAUGUGGUUUUGGAUCCUUUGGCACUGUUGGCACGAUCCCGAUGCAGUCCUGGGUCACUUCCCUUGGCCUGAUGCUUCAGCAUGGACAGACGAGGAGCUUGGAAUCCCAGCAGACGACGAGGAAUAAGAUUGCCAUGAAGGAUUCAAGCUGCUGGGCAAGUCUUUAUGGAAGUCUUCAUGAUAUUCUGAAAGUCAUUGUUGUACAUAGACUAAUAAAAUUAUCUUUAAAUAUGUUAAA